GGGCUAAAUACGCCUAGCUUCUACGUCCUAUAAACGUUUCCAAAAAGUAAUGUAUUUAAAAGUAAAUAAGAGAGAAACAAACCCGAAACAAUUUAUCACAGUCUAGGUCUAUGCCAGACAGUUAAUCCUUUAAUUUAAUUAAGGUGUUUAAGGACGUUGUAGCUGUGUCAAAACACGGCCCUAUUUUCUGUCAGCAAGUUUGAUUUUGUAUUUGAAGUGUGAAAUGCACAGCGCGAGGCCAAGAAGUUGUGGAAGCCAUGUGGAUGGUCCUGAAAGUGAGAGUGAACAUUCGCACGGAUUAUUCUCUUACGCUGAAUUUCCAUUUGUAUUCAUCAUGGUGUGAUAUGCGAAACAAUGCUUAAAGUAGAUGACAUGUCUCAAUCAUUAAUAGCUGAGGGAGACGUCACUUUAUUUUUGAAUCGUUAUCCCCGGGAAAAGUGCGCUCUACUUCGAAAUAAUAUGCAGAAUUUGGUGACCCAUCUUUCACGAUGUCAAUUUCAAGGCUGGAUGAGGGUUAUCGAUAUGAAGAGCUCAUCAACUAACUGGAUAUCCUGCGGCCAGCCUUUCACUGAGCCUGCCAUAUGGAAGCCAAAGUUCUGCAUAGUUACCGACUGUCAGCUACUCCUAUUGGACAAACAAGAGAUCCACCCACUGCUGCUGCAGGAGCGCCGGGCCGAGUCGUGCACGGUGUGGCUACUACGUCAUACCCUCACUGUGCCCAGAGACUGCCACACCCUUGGAGACAAAACAGCCCUGGCCACAGACAACAGAACCGUGGGUAUCCGAUCCGAUGCAGGACUCCAGCCCCUAGCUGCUGUACCCCUUAGCUCCUGUGCCCUUAGCUGCUGUGCCCCUUAGCUCCUGUGCCCUUAGCUGCUGUGCCCCUUAGCUCCUGUGCCCCUUAGCUGCUGUGCCCCUAGCUGCUGUUGCCCCUGCAUCACAACCUGGUUGUGUAGAGGAGAAGGUGGCCGGCCAUUGGUCAGGAACUCAGAGAACUGAAGUGAGAGGGAUUCUGAGCUAUGUUUUUUUUAGUGACCAUAUGAUGAAAAGGGAGAGAAGAAGAAAAAACAUGCUGUGUCUUUAAGAGCUGAGUAGCGAAAGCUGGCAGCCAGGCCCUGAGUUGAGCUCAACCCAAUCAUAGUCUUGGAACGGCUGCCAGAUGUAGCGUAGCAGCAGCCAGAACACAGCAGAGCUGCCCCUGCAAAACUAGGCAGCGCUACUCACUGGGACAGGCGGGAGACGAGGAUACAUUUCUGUGCCUCACUCGAUUCUACAUCCUCACGCACACACACGCACAGGGCUGGCAGAAAGGAGUAUGCCUCAUUUGGUGCUGUGAAGUUAUGGAGUUGGACAACGCGGCCAAACCGGAGAGCUACAAUGAGCUCCCUCCUGAGAGGGUGGGUCGCAGGCGCAGCAUGCCGGGCAGCGCUCUGGACAAAAGCCCCUCCAUGGAGCCGGCCACCUCUACCCCAUUCAAAGUCACGGGCUUCCUGAGCCGCCGACUAAAGGGCUCCAUCAAACGCACCAAAAGCCAACCCAAGCUGGACCGCAACAGCAGCUUCAGAAACAUCCUGCCGGGCUUCAAGACCACAGACAAUGACAGAUCCCAUCUGAUGCCGAGGCUGAAGGAAUCGCGGUCUCACGAGUCGUUGCUCAGCCCCAGCAGUGCAGUAGAAGCUUUAGAUCUCAGCAUGGAGGAUGAGGUGUUGAUCAAACCGGUGCACGGCAGCAUCCUGGGCCAGGACUACUGCUUCGAGGUAACUACUUCCACUGGAACCAAAUGCUUUUCGUGUCGGUCAUCUGCAGAGAGGGACAAAUGGAUGGAAAACUUAAGGAGAGCUGUACAUCCUAACAAAGACAACAGUCGGCGUGUGGAGAACCUUCUAAAAUUGUGGAUUAUUGAGGCCAAGGACCUUCCAGCCAAGAAAAGGUAUUUCUGUGAGUUGUGUCUGGACGACACGCUUUACGCACGGACUACCUGCAAAUUCAAAAUGGACAAUGUAUUCUGGGGAGAGCACUUUGAGUUCAACAACUUACCUUCUGUCAAAAGUGUCACUGUCCACCUGUACAAGGAGUCGGACAAAAAGAAAAAGAAGGACAAGAACAACUAUGUGGGCCUGGUCAACAUUCCCGUCGGUGCCGUCACGGGACGCCAGUUUGUGGAGAAGUGGUAUUCUGUGAGCACGCCCAACCCGAACAAAGGGAAAACUCCCGGACCUAUGAUUCGACUCAAGUCGCGGUACCAGAGCAUGAGUAUCCUGCCCAUGGAGUCAUAUAAGGAGUUUGCAGAGUACAUCACCAAUAACUACAUGCUGCUGUGCUCCAUCCUGGAGCCUGGCCUUAGUGUGAAGAACAAGGAGGAGAUGGCCAGUGCCCUGGUUCACAUCCUACAGAGCACCGGCAAGGCUAAGGACUUCCUAACUGACCUGAUGAUGUCAGAAGUGGAUCGCUGUGGGGAGAACGAGCACCUGAUCUUCAGGGAGAACACACUGGCCACCAAAGCCAUUGAGGAGUACCUUAAACUGGUGGGGCAGAAGUACCUGCAGGAUGCACUAGGAGAGUUCAUCAAAGCCCUGUACGAGUCAGAUGAGAACUGUGAGGUGGACCCAGGGAAGUGUUCCUCAGGAGACCUCCCUGAGAACCAGAGCAACCUGAAGAUGUGCUGUGAGCUGGCCUUCUGCAAGAUCAUCGACUCCUACCGUGUUUUUCCGCGGGAACUGAAGGAGGUGUUUGCCUCGUGGAGGCAGCAGUGCAGCAGUCGGGGCCGGCCGGACAUCAGCGAGCGUCUGAUCAGUGCCUCUCUGUUCCUGCGCUUCCUGUGUCCAGCCGUUAUGUCCCCGUCACUUUUCAACCUGAUGCAGGAGUAUCCCGACGACCGCACCGCUCGCACCCUCACGCUCAUCGCUAAGGUCACGCAGAACCUCGCCAACUUCACCAAGUUUGGUAACAAGGAGGAGUACAUGUCCUUUAUGAACCACUUCCUGGAGCACGAAUGGACCAACAUGCAACGCUUCCUGCUGGAGAUCUCCAACCCAGAGACCAUCUCCAACACGGCAGGGUUCGAGGGUUACAUCGACCUGGGCCGCGAGCUCUCAUCCCUGCAUUCCCUGCUGGCCGAGGACGUCUCUCAGCUGGAUCAGAGCACAGCCUCUAAGCUGGGUCCCCUGGCCCGUAUAUUGCGGGACGUGAACUCUGCGCUGACCAACCCAUCUGGGGUCCAGGUGUCCACCCCCACAGAUGGCAUGGGCUCUCCUCCCCUCCCCCUCCCAUUGGCAAGCUGCAGCCUCUCCACCGGCCUACCUCUUCACAAGAUAGUCGUGGACAGCGAGCUCUCUGGGUUGGUGGAUUUUACGAGGCUGCCGUCGCCAACCCCAGAGAACAAGGAUAUAUUCUUUGUGACGAGGAACUCUGGCAUCCAAGAGUCUCCAGCCAGAAGCUCCAGCUACUCGGAGGCCAACGAGGCUGAGGUGCAGCUCCCCAACAGCAGCAAGAGUCUGUCCAUGGUGGACCUGCAGGACAGCCGCAGCCUGGAGAGUACCCCUGGCCCCAGCCCUGGCUCCCCCAGCGACAUGCUCUUCAAUGACAGCCAGUCACCCGUCACCCCUGGGCCUGGGGGUUGGGCCGCCCGCACCCCGCAGGGCAUCAUCCCCACCCCCGGCCCCGGACCCACUCUAAGGAGGACAGGUCAGACCCCUACCACCCCCAGCACAGAGAGCAGCACCCCAGGGAGGCCCACCCAGCUCCUGGCCCCGCUCUCCUUCCAGAACCCUGUUUACCAGAUGGCCACGGGGAUGACCAUGAGCGUGUCCCCGCGGGGUCCCCUGGCUGACUCGGGCUCUGAUGGCCACAGCUCCGUCAGCUCUCAGGGCAACAACACAGAGGACACCCCCAAGCAUCCGGGGGUCUUCCUCACCCAGGGGGUGGCGGUCAGUAGUGGAGGAGGCAGCAGCAGUGAGUUUACCACCCGCCGCCAGCUGUCACUCGGGGAGCACCAGCCCAACGUGCCGCGGCAGAACAGCGCCGGCCCUCAGCGAAGGAUAGACCAGCCCCCUCCGCCUGUCACCAGGGGCAGGACACCACCCAACAUGCUCCAGACAGCCUACCCCGGUCCGCGGCCCUCCAGUGGCAGCAUGAUGUCAUCAUCCCCCGACUGGGGGCCCAGUGGCGGCAACCGUCUGAGACAGCAGUCGUCUUCGUCUAAAGGGGACAGUCCUGAGACCAAGCAGCGCACCAUGCACAAAGCGUCCUCCCCUGUGAACCCCAAUGCCCUGGACCGUACUGCUGCCUGGCUGUUGAAUAUGAAUGUCCAGUAUUUAGACCAUGAGGGAGUUGACCCAGAUACCAAGCACAGGGAAGACCUCAGAAACAAAGAGGAGCUCACCCAGACUGAAAAGUACCAGCAGGAAAUAGCCAUCCUGCAGGACAGGCUGUGUCAGUCAGCCAAGAAGCUGGAGGAGUAUGAGUGUCACCUGAAGGGCCAGGACGAGCAGACCCAGACGAUGCUGCUGGAGUACCAGGCGCGCCUGGAGGACACAGAGGAGCGUCUGAGUCGGCAGCAGGACGACAAGGAGCUCCAGAUGAAGAGCAUCAUCACGAGGCUGAUGUCAGUUGAGGAGGAACUGAAAAAAGAUCAUUCAGAUAUGCAGUCGAUAGUGGACUCUAAACAGAAGAUCAUUGAAGCCCAGGAGAAACGCAUCGCCUCUCUAGAUGCGGCCAACGCCCGCCUGAUGAGCGCUCUGACCCAGCUGAAGGAGCGCUACAGCAUGCAGACCCGUAACGGCAUCUCCCCCACCAAGCUCCAGAUCACGGAGAACGGAGAGUUCAGGAACAGCAGCAACUGCUAGGGAGGGGAGAGGGGGCUAAUCCCAUCUCAAUGACACUUGGGCUGGGGGAGGGAGGAGGAACUACCAACACCCAGCCACUCUCCAGAGAAAUAGAUUUAUACUGUCCAAAUCCAUUAUUUUCAAUGGAUGUGGUCAGGAUCACAGAAAGAAGGGCUAGACUGACUGAAACUGUUGCUUAAAAAUAUAAAGGACUUGAUCAGAUUCAAUCAAAUGUAUUUAUAAAGCCCUCCUUACAUCAGCUGAUUUAACAAAGUGCUGUACAGAACCCCAGCCUAAAACCCCAAACAGCAAGCAAUGCAGGUUUAGAAGCACGGUGGCUAGGAAGAAACCUAGAGAGGUACUAGGCUAGGAGGGGUGGCUAGUCCUCUUCUGGCUGUGCCGUGUGGAGAUUCUAACAGAACAUGGCCAAGAUGUUCAAACGUUCAUAGAUGACCAGCGGGGUCAGAUAAAAAAUAAUCACAGUGGUUGUAGAGGGUGCAACAGGUUAGCACCUCAGGAAUAAAUGUUGGCUUUUCAUAGCCGAUCAUUCAGAGUAUAUCUACCGCACCUGCUGUCUCUAGAGAGUUGAAAACAGCAGGUCUGGGACAAUGUAGCACGUCCGGUGAACAGGUCAGGGUUCCAUAGCCGCGGCAGAACAGAACUGGAGCAGCAGCACGACCAGGUGGACUGGGGACUGGGGACAGCAAGGAGUCAUCAUGCCAGGUAGUGCUGAAGCAUGGUCCUAGGGCUCAGGUCCUCCGAGAGAGAGAGAAUUAGAGGGAGCAUAUGAGCAUACUUAAAUUCACACAGAACACCAGAUAAGACAGGAGAAAUACUCCAGAUAUAACAGACUGACCCUAGCCCUCCGACACAAACUAUUGCAGCAUAAAUACUGGAGGCUGAGACAGGAGGGGUCGGGAGACACUUUGGCCCUGUCCGACGAUGCCCCCGGACACGGCCAAACAGGCCGGAUAUAACCUUUGCCAAAGCACAGGCCCCACACCAGUAGAAGGAUAUCUUCAACCACCAAUUUACUAUCAUGAGACAACGCAGAGUAUAGCCCACAAAGAUCGGAACGAACCCGGGGGGGGCGCCAACCCGGACAGGAAGACCCCGUCAGUGACUCAACCCACUCAAGUGACGCACCCGUCCUAGGGACGGCAUGGAAGAGCACCAGUAAGUCAGUGACUCAGCACCCGUAAUAGGGUUUGAGGCGAGGCAGAGAAUCCCAGUGGGAAGAGGGGAAACGGUCAGGCAGAGACCGCAAGGGCGGUUUGUUGCUCUGUGCCUUUCCGUUCACCUUCACACUCCUGGGCCAGACGACACUCAAUCAUAGGACCUACUGAAGAGAUGAGUCUUAAUUAGGUUGAGACCAAGUCUGCGUCUCUCACAUGGAUAGGCAUUCCAGAUUGACUUUAGAGAAAGCUAUAACGUCUACACCUGGCUGCAAGACAUCCUAAACUCGCUAUCCUAGUACAUAAAACAACAGUUGUGCUGUUAUCUUAGAGCCUGUUUUGAAGUGAUUUGAACAAUUAUAAGCUUUAAUGUUUCCGGUUUCUCAUCUCCACUUAUAAUUUCCAGUCACUGUGUUUAUAUAGCACCUGGUGCUAAAAGAGGACGCUUGUUUAUGGACCCUAUGUUUUCAGAGUUUAGUAAACAGAGUAAGUACGUCAUACUCACAGCCAAGCUGUUUCUUCCAGCAAUAGUAUAGUACAGCACAAGUGUAGUAUAGUACAUUGUAGCAUCAAUAUUUGAUUUUACUCAAUGGCUGUUUUUUUAUCCCAGUGUUUUGUUUUGUUUUACUUCAAAAGCAUACAGUAUAUGUUGCCAAGUGAACAACUCUAUCAGUGAAAGCCUCCUCAUGUUGACAAGCUUUUGAAAUUUUCCCGAAAGCACGUCCCAAUAGAAAGUGUUUCUAUAUACUUCCUGUAUAUUUUACGUAUACUCUGCUGUUCUUACCUCAUCAGGACUACAGUAGCACAACAAACGUGCUGUGUUUUAAAUUGAUAAUGGUAAAGAAAGAGCUCAGCUAUAUCAUUUUUUGCAUACUUUGUAUAUGCUUAAAUAUUAGUAUAUUUAGAGGUUUACAUACCUCGUAGAUGUAUAUAAAAUGUUCACAGUAUUUAUAUUGAUUGUCUGGAAGGGGAAUAGUAUUUUGUACUGUAUAUGUUCAUUGUGUUAAACUCUGCUGUGCUAAUAUUGCAAGACAAUAGUAAGAGUUUGAUUGUAAUUGUAUGUCUACUUCAGUAGACAGUUCACACAUCGUUUCCCCCAUUAUCCCCUUUUCAUAUGUGGGUUCUUUGUUAAAAAUGAAUAAUUUAUUGAUGCUAUUAUAUAAUAUUGAUAAACAUAGUUUACUGUUUUGUCCUCUGCGUAUCUGAAUUGUUAUGUGUAGGCCAAACCUUCACUGUUUGCAGUUUGACAGUGCUGAAUAGAAUAGGACUGAACUCAAAUACCUGGCCACUCCUCUGGCCACUCCCCUGGCCACUCCCCUGGCCACUCCUCUGGCCACUCCUCUACCCUUGCGUUUCUGGAAGAGUCAUUUCACUAACGGCCCUACACAAACACUCCUUCAUUUAGAAUACCUUCUAUCCAAAGUGAGUGAUGAACGUCUCUUCCGGGCAGUACAUCCACAUGGGGUUUUAGGCUGUAACUGAGGUAUAAACCAGAUUCAUUGUCAGUUCAAGUUCCCUCUAGUGUUGAUUGAAGCUAUGAACAUGGAGUGGACUUAAGGCCUUUUUUGGAGUCUUAUUUAAGAUGCAGGUAGCUAACUUUAGCAACCUUCAAAGGUGGUCUCAACAAGUGGCUUUGCAUGACUUCUCAAUUCUGACUUCUGCUAAUUCUCAUCUGAAAACACCAGUGGUCUGCUUUCAGGAAAUUAGUCACCUGAAUUACUGUGUUGACCUGUGUUUUGGUCUGUGGAAAUGUUAAGCUUAAACAUAAUUUGAUUUUUUUUAUCAACUAGACUAUUGUUAAAGUACGUUAUGUUUUAUUUAAAUGUAAAGUUAUGUGUAAAGUGGUAUUUAUGUUAUGCUAUAAAUUAUGUUUGUUUCAAUCAGUUCAACAUUAUUUAUUGAAUAUCUUUGUUUUUUUGUUUUAAUAAAAUGCUGAAUAGUAUUUGUCAGUCUGUGAUGGAUUGUGUUGAAGCUGCAGUUAUAGAACAUCUGCAUUCUGAUAGCAAUGUGCUGCAGGUAUAGAACAUCUACAUUCUGAUAGAAAUGUGCUGCAGGUAUAGAAUAUCUGCAUUCUGAUAGCAAUGUGCUGCAGGUAUAGAACAUCUACAUUCUGAUAGAAAUGUGCUGCAGGUAUAGAACAUCUGCAUUCUGAUAGCAAUGUGCUGCAGGUAUAGAACAUCUGCAUUCUGAUAGCAAUGUGCUGCAGGUAUAGAACAUCUGCGUUCUGAAAGCAAUGUGCUGCAGGAAUAGAACAUCUGCAUUCUGAUAGCAAUGUGCUGCAGGUAUAGAACAUCUGCAUUCUGAUAGCAAUGUGCUGCAGGUAUAGAACAUCUGCAUUCUGAUAGCAAUGUGCUGCAGGUAUAGAACAUCUGCAUUCUGAUAGCAAUGUGCUGCAGGUAUAGAACAUCUGCAUUCUGAUAGCAAUGUGCUGCAGGUAUAGAACAUCUGCAAUCUGAUAGCAAUGUGCUGCAGGUAUAGAACAUCUGCAUUCUGAUAGCAAUGUGCAUCUAUUUCCCUCAAGUGUUCAUGUUGCACCCAACCUGCACACAGUAAAUCUCUUUGGAGGAUUUAAAUUGAUUUUCUCUUUCAAAGCGAAAGGUGCGUCCUCCUGCUUUGGUGUUAUUUUAUUCAAAGGAAAUAAUAUAUACUGCACUGCAAUAGAAACCACAGAUCAGUUCACAGUAUAGUGCAUCUUCGUUGUCUCCCAGUUCUUUUAGGGACGUUUUGCCAACGAUUUGCAAAAGAGUGACCAAAACUAUUCUCUUUCCUUUUUCCUUGCCCUAUAUAAUACUGAACAAUAUUUUUGCCAUGCUGUUACUGCAAACUCCUUACUGCAAACAUUUCUAUGAAUGUUAAAAUAAUAAUGUUAUGUGUAUAAAUGGUAACAAGAAUAGGCCUAUCAUUGUAAAAGUAAAAACAUGUAUGUAAUUUAUGUAGAAAUGCAACUACAAUUAAAGAUUUAUUUCGCUAAUUUAAUCA